AUGACUUUCUACGACAAUACCCACCCUCAUACCUGGGGGGUCAACCCGGAAACAACCCAGAUCGUGCUCCGGCUGGUGUCCAAUCCCACCCCACAACGCGGUGACAAUGGGAAUGGAUCUCACGGCGCCUUGGCUUCCAAACCGGCAUCAAACUGUCGGGAGCUGCAGGUUGGCCGAGCCCGUCGAGGAAAGGACCCAUUGAGAGCCCUAGUGGAGAAGCAGGAUCGGCGCAAGAACCUCGUCCUCGGCGCUCCCCAAUGCAUGGGGUGUGAUUUAACCUGGGUUGCUUUUGCAGAGCCAAAGGAGCCAUACAUGUCGGAAGCCUGUGCUGACUUUCUUACUUGCGUCAGAGACACGUUUUAUCCCUCUCAGGUCUGCGCGAGGCUUGACAAAGUCGACAGAUCCUUGUGGGUCGUCCUUCUCGAGGACCCCCUCUACUUCAAUGCUAUUCAAUUUGGCACUCUUGCAUACAGGGAGCUGCUCGCCGGCCUACCAUCCAGCAAGGAGACACACAAGCAUAGACUCAAGACUAUCGGCCUUCUCAGGGAAAGACUAGGUUCAAUUGAUAAGCAAGCGGCAACUUCCGAUGCAACGGCCUUGGCCAUUAUAAUUCUAGCACAUUUUGCAGAAGCAAUUGGGGACACCAAAAGCUUUGAGGCCCACAUCAAUGGGCUGAAGGCGCUGGUCGAUGCACGAGGAGGCUUGAAAGACUUGAAGUCGGGUCUCCUGGAGCUUCGGACAAAGAUAUGCAGAGUUGAUACCGCUUUUGCCUUCCUCUCUGACCGUCCUCCAAUGUUCUUCCAGGGUGAAGUACCAUGGGACCGCUAUGUGGUAGAUCAACAGAAGCCUACAAACACUGGCUCGAAUUACAUCCACCUUCAGACUAUGCAGCCGCUCGAUUGGAGACUGGUUAACGUCUGGUUGGACAUGCAACAAUUUUCAUUCAUGUGCAACGACAAUCAAAAACGUGGCGUGCGGCUUGAUCAACUCGUCUACAGCAAGAUCAUGGUUUCGAUGCAAUACCGUCUACUCAGCCUGUCCUUCAACGAUUUCUCCUUGAACAAUGCAUUGCGCGCCGGCAUGCUGGUGGUCAUGACAAGAUUGAUGUUUGGAUGGCACCCGAGAAAUGAUGCCCAGGUUCGAGCCGCAGUGCGGCUUGAUGAGGCCAUGGUCUCUAUCCUGGAUGGAAAGAUCGAUGUGCCCCAUCAACUCUUGUUCUGGAUGCACAUGGUUCGAAGCCAACUGGGCGGCUUGGCUCGAAUAGACGUUCGCCUCAAUGCUUGGCUUGUCGACACGCUCGAGGCCCUUUCUUUUCGUUCCUGGGCAGAAUCAAGAGAGCUUCUGCUCUCGAUGGUGUGGUUUGAGUUUUUUGGCGACUCGCAAGCUGAACUCGCUUUUGAUUAUGCCUCCAUGAAUCUGCCCGACCGUUGA